AUGGUUUUGCCAAACGAUGUUGAUUUGCUUAAUCCCCCAGAUGAUUUGGCGAAGAGGAAUCAAAAGCUCAAACGACUUGUUCAAUCUCCAAACUCUUUCUUCAUGGAUUUUAAGUGCCAGGGUUGUUUCAACAUAACAACCGUAUUCAGCCACUCUCAAACGGUGGUUGUGUGUGGAAACUGUCAGACGGUGUUGUGCCAGCUGAUUGGUGGUCGUGCAAGACUUACAAAAGGAUGUUCUUUUAGAAGGAAGGAGACUAAUCCUAUUUCUUACUUUUAUGGCUGGCUAGGUAUCUUCAAGAUGCUCGUCUUGCUGUGUCCGAGGUCUCGUCUGUUCAUCUUGUUGUUUUCGAGGUCUCAUCGGCAUCUUCCAGACUCCAGAAGUCUCUCUGGCUCUCUCGUACGGUCUGAGUCAGCCUUGACUUUGCGUGCACUGGUGGAGAUUGAUCCGACAUGUGUUGGUCGUUUGGUCAAUUAUGGGAUCACUACAUUGAAGGCACUAAGAGAAAAUGUGUCAUUUGGGAAGGAAGAUUCUUUUUGUAAAAGAGCUGCAAGGAAGUUGCUUUUGGAGUUCAAAUCUGAUAGUUUCUCAAAGGAAACUAUAUCUGAUGGAACUAUUAUUAUAGUGUUAGGUGAUGCACAAACUCGCUACAUUGUAAAUGUUGUGAGGGAGGAGAAUGAGAAGGUUGUGAAGUUUCCACCUAGCAUCUCAAUUGAAAUCUCAUCAGUGACCACCAGCCACCACCGGAAGACCACCGUUGAAGCCAAUACAGAGAAAUCCCGCUACCACUGCAAAUCUGCAAUCCACUUCAGGUGCAAUCCACUACUCCCUCUUAAAAAUUUUGAAACUUAG